AUGGUCCGCUGUUUAUUACCGCUGCUGUUAUUAUGUUUCUUAACAGUCAGCAAUGCAAUUUUGCAAGGAACGGUUGAAGUGCAACGACUUCAGGGCAUCCUGGAAGAAGGUCUCAAGAGUAAAGAUGUCAUUUCACUUUAUUAUUCUUUAAAAGGAUUAAAUCAACUUAAAUAUAAAUACCAAGUAGCAAAAAUUUGUGAGGUGAUAAAAGAUAUUAAAUAUGAUAACCAAAACAUAGAGCAAGUUUUUUAUCUCACAAAUGCAGCUGCUCUAUCAGGCUGUCAAAACUCACUUUCACCAGAUGUACUCCGUGCUCCUGUAUUAACUUUGGAUAGAACUAAUGCAACAAUACAAGAAAUAUAUUAUGCUGUAUAUUCACUAAAAGCUGUAGGAAAGGGUACUGUUGAUGGAGAAUCUUCUCUUAAAAAUCUUAUUCAGCUAUUGAAGAAAGAUGACUCCCCUGCUAAUUAUGGCUAUGUCUUCACCCUGUGUGAACAUAUGGGUUGCGCUGCUUGGACAGCAGCUCAUGCUGAAAGUGCACUUCUAGCUGCUGAUGAAACUGAUGGAAAAGCCUUGCACUUUGAUGGUGGAUUACCAGUUACCUCACUUGUACUUACCAGUAUUUUAAGGUCAUACAAGACUCUCGGCAAGCCGUCACCGCUGACUCUGGAGCAGCGCUACAAGUUCGGCGCCUACCUGCUCUCGCGCCGCUCUGUGACGUCACCGCGUGGCGCUGCGCUGCUUCUGGACGCCGCCACAAUGCUGGCAGAUGACCAGCCCACACCAAUCAGCAUUGUAUUCAAAGACAAGAAGUACAUAACCGCCGAAUCAGAUUCGAUUGAGUUUUCUGUCACUGAUCUCAUCGGUCGUCCCAUUUCCAACCUGAAACCUGAUGAAGUAAUCGCGCAAUCGGGAACAAGAUUGGCUGAUGAUGUAGUAGUUCUCUCAAAACAGCCUCUUGUACAGAAAUCCAAUGAGCCCACAACAUUUGUAUUAAAUCUCAGCAAGAUAAAAUCACAGCAUGGACUUUACAAGAUUUCACUAAGUGCUGGAACCAGAUCGGCUAACUUCAACAUAGCUGUGUUGGGUGAGAUCCAAGUGUCGAGCGUUGAAGUCGGUAUUGGCGAUGUGGACGGCACAACCAGCCCAAAGAUCACGACUGUGGCGUACCCUAACAAGUUGACUGAGAAACUGCAAGCUGAUCAUUUACAAAAGGUGACUCUGAAGUUCAGCGUGCGCGACAAGUACAACAAGCCGGUGACGGUGCAGCAGGCCUUCGUGCGCGUGGCGCCGCGGCACGACGCCGAUGCGGAGGCCAUAUACGUCGCAGAGCCCGACUCCUCCAAGACUUAUAAAGUGGAACUGAACGUGGGCGCGAUGGCAGCGCACGUGGGCGGCGCGGGCGGCGCGCACGCGCUCAGCCUGCUGCUGGGCGACAGCGCCGUGGCCGCGCCGCUGCUGUGGCCGCUCGGCGACCUCGUGCUUAACUUUGCAGCUAUAGGCUCCUCGGCGACGGCGAGGGCGGGCGCGGCGGCGCGGGGGGCGACGGGCGCGCUGCCCGAGAUCGCGCACACGUUCCGCAGCGCGGAGGCGGUGCCGGCGCGCGCGCUGUCCGACGUGUGCGCGCUGUGCUGCGCCGCGCCGCUGCUGCUGCUGCUGCUGCUGUGGGCGCGCCUCGGCCUCAACCUGCGCAACUUCCCCGCCGCGCCGCUGACCGCGCUCAACGCGCUGCUGUUCCAUUUGGCGCUCGGAGGUUCGCUGGGUCUGUACGGGCUGUUCUGGCUGCAGCUGACGAUGUUCGAGACGCUGCGGUACCUGCUGCCGCUCGCCGCGCUCACCUUCCUCGCCGGCCACCGCCUGCUGCGCCACCUCGGCAAGGCGCGCCGC